AUGUUCAUUAUCUAUCUAUCUAUCUAUCUAUCUAUCUAUCUCACUUUAUUUUUGAUCUAUAUGUUCAUUUUCUAUCUAUCUAUCUAUCUAUCUAUCUACUUUAUUUUUGAUCUUACCCAGUAUGUUCAUUUAUCUAUCUAUCUAUCUAUCUAUCUAUCUAUCUCACUUUAUUUUGAUCUAUGUUAUUAUCUAUCUAUCUUCUAUCUAUAUCUUCAGUAUGUUCAUUAUCUAUCUAUCUAUAUCUAUCUAUCUAUUUUGAUCUUACCCAGUAUUAUGUUCAUUAUCUAUUAUCUAUCUAUCUAUCUCAUUUAUUUUAUCUAUCUAUCUAUCUAUCUAUCUAUCUAUCUAUCUCACUUUAUUUUGAUCUUACCCAGUAUGUUCAUUAUUAUCUAUCUAUCUAUCUAUCUAUCUAUCUAUCUAUCUAUCUAUCUAUCUAUCUAUCGCUUUAUUUUUGAUCUUACUCUCACGUUAUUUUUGAUCUUUUUGAUCUUAUUAUCUAUCUAUCUAUCUGUUAUCUAUCUAUUUCGUUUAUUUUUAUCUUAUCUAUCUAUCUAUCUAUCUAUCUAUCUAUCUAUUUCUAUCUUUACUUUUUUUAUCUUACCCAGUAUGUUCAUUAUCUAUCUAUCUAUCUAUCUAUCUAUCUAUCUAUCUAUCUAUCUCGCUUUAUUUUUGAUCUUACUCUCACGUUAUUUUUUGAUCUUACUUUGA